AUGGCGUCGACGGCCGUGGCAGACGCGAACGCCGGGGGAUUCGGUGUCGGGCAGGUCCUCGACGGCUCCAACCCGGCCAUCGUCCGGCUCCGGCAGCUCGUCGACGGGCCCCAGUCCUCAGAGGGGUGGAGGCGGUGCUGGGAGCAGGGCGUGACGCCGUGGGACCUGGGCCAGCCCACGCCGGUCGUCGUCAAGCUGGUGCAGUCCGGCACCCUCCCCGCCGGCGGCGCCACCGUCCUCGUCCCCGGCUGCGGCGGGGGAUACGACGCGGUGGCCCUGUCCGGCGGCCGCCGCUCCGUGGUGGGCCUCGACGUCUGCGACGCCGUCAUCCAGAAGGCCAGUCAGCGGUCAUCGUCGUCGCCCGACGUGGCCUUCAUCACCGCCGACUUCUUCACCUGGGCGCCGCCGGAUGAUCGGCACUGUAAUGAUCAUGCAUGGAUGCAUUUCAGCCUCAAGACCAAGACUCGGGGCCACCGUACAACACGACAGUGCUCGACUACGAGGAGGUGCUCAAACCCCUGGGUUUCUUCAUCGAAUCCUUCCUAUUAUAAUAGUAUAUCUACGAGAGGUUACAGUGGAGAGGCAUGGCAUGACAUGCAAAAUAGUAUAUCGAUGCACACAACCCUUUCUAUUAUAAUAAUUAUUUAUAAAACCAAUGUAUGGUUAUCAUGUUAG